AACGGCAGCUGGAGGGCCGGCCUGUCCAAAUGAUUCCUCCCCUUGGCUCGCCGCCCCCUGUUUAAAAUCUCUGACCUCCGCGGGCUCUUGCCGGCCAUAUCACAAUUCACAAUUUCACGACUCCAGAGCAAGAAGAGACCCCCGGCACGUCGUCCACAAAAGCACAACCAUGGCACGGCACGCCCCGCUGCUCUUCGCCGUCGUUGCCGUGCUCGCCGUGGCCGCAGCGUCGGCCUCGGCCUACGUGCGCGGGGCCGACAAGGAGCUGGUCAUCGGCGGCGACGACGACGUGUUCGGGCGGGGCGGCAUGAUCGGCAGGAGGCAGCUGGACGACCUCAACGGCACGAGCGCCGACGCGAACGCCACGAGCGCCGACGCCAACUCGACGAGCGCCGACGACGCCACGACGACGACGGGGUACAUCAGCUACCUGGCGCUGUACAGGGACAGCGUCCCGUGCUCGCAGCGGGGCGCGUCCUACUACAACUGCGGACCCGGCGCGGAGGCCAACCCCUACACCCGCGGCUGCUCCGCCAUCACGCAGUGCCGCGGAUGAGCUAGGCCGCUCCGCCAUUCGCGCGCCGUUCUUUUUCUUUGCUUAUUUGUUGGUGCUUCUCAUGGGUACGAGGAACUGAAAACGAAUUGAAUUGAUGUUUACCAUUUUGCUGUAAAUUGUUGCUAUUCUUAUGCUAAGAAUGACGCUGUGUAUUGUGAGAUGUAUGACCAUAUAUGUAAGUCAAUUGAUUCUUACAGUUACUGCA